CGGUAAGCGGCAGGAGCAUGCGCUCGCAGUCGGAGAGAAUGAGUGUCCUUGUUUGGAUGCGGUGGUUGAGUGCACUACAUGGAGACGCCUGGUCGCUCAGCGACAGCAACAUCAACAGCACCAAAGCAAGGUUGUUUUUGUUUGGGUUUUACUAGUCGGGGUGCGUUGGCGCUUCUUCGAGUGUUGAAAACAUGUGAAAUUGUUUUGUGAAGUGAUAUGAUUUAUGCAGAACAAAACAUUCUUCUUUCCAAGACGAUAGGCAACCCCCAAACGAUCGUCAGUUGCAAUCGCAUCUUCAGUUCGUCACAUUCGCGCAUUGGUAGUGCGAUGAAGGCAGCAGUUUUGGUGAUGCUUGUCUUACAGCUGCUAGCGAAGGGAUUCGCUCAGCAAACGGAAGACUAUGCGGCACACAUCCUGGAGCACGUGCGGCCACAAGUGUCGGAGGUGAUACAGCAACAGGCGGCGCUGGAAGUUAUCGCACGACUCCUACCUCAGCAGCAGGCAGAGCAGUUCCGCGUCACGAUCGACAGUUCCAUGGAAAGGAAUUCGUUUAGCUUGUUUAAAGGUGAGGAAGUGUCCGACCCUUCUGAAGUGCAGAUUACAGCAUCCAGUGGAGUCGCUGCUACCAAAGCGUUCUAUCACUAUCUCCGGUACUGGUGCCGGGUGCUUGUCGCUUGGGAAGGUAGUCAGCUUAAUCUACCCGCGGUUCUUCCACCCGUCAAUGUGACCAUACAGGCUCCAAGCAGUAUCAUCUACUAUCAGAACGUCUGCACAUGGUCAUACUCGUUCACCUGGUGGAGUUGGCCCCAGUGGCGUCGACACAUCGACUGGAUGGCACUCCAGGGCAUCACGCUCAGUUUGGCACCAUUCCAGGAGGAUCUCUGGACACAGGUCUUCCUCGAGUACAAUCUAACCCACGCACAGAUCGAUGAUCACCUGUCCGGGCCAGGCUUUUUCGCCUGGCAGCGUAUGGGCAACAUCCGUGGCUGGGGAGGACCACUGACACCGAGCUUCACCCAGUUCGCUCACACCCUCCAAGUGCGUGUUGUCGGGGAGAUGCGUCGUCUCGGUAUGGCGGUAGCACUGCCCGCCUUUGCAGGCCAUUUACCGGUACAGUUCCGUACGCUCUAUCCAAACGUUUCGUUCGCGAAUGUGUCCGUGUGGAACAACUUCCCACCACAGUACGCGAGUCCACUGUUUCUCGAUCCAACCGAGCCACUGUUUGCUGCGAUAGGGUCACGCUUUCUGCAGCUAGCCAUUAAGACGUACGGUACCGAUCACGUGUACUUUAGUGAUCCGUUCAAUGAGAUCGAUCCCGCCCUGCCGAGUGGGAAGUAUUUGUCGAGCGUUUCCGAAGCGAUCUACAGCACCAUGGUGCAGGUCGAUCCAGAUGCCAUCUGGCUCCUGCAAGGGUGGAUGUUUGUGAAGAAUCCCUUUUGGAGUGAUCGUGCAAUAAGAUCCUUCCUAUCGGCCGUCCCGUUAGGGCGUAUGCUUGUGCUGGAUUUACAAUCGGAACAGUAUCCACAGUACGGCCGGACAGCGUCCUACGCAGGGCAACCGUUCAUCUGGUGCAUGUUGAGCAACUUUGGUGGAACGCUAGGGAUGCUUGGAUCGGUGGGGAACGUAUUUCGCGGUAUUCGUGAGACGAGGGACAAUUCCACGUACACACUGCUCGGCACCGGGAUUACACCAGAAGGCAUCAAUCAAAACUAUGCACUGUAUGAGUUUGCACUCGAGAUGGGAUGGAACGCAGAGCUGGACAGCGCGGAGCAGUGGUUCAGCGAGUAUGCGGUGGCUCGCUAUGGCAACGACAGCGACGAGCGAGCGCAGCAGGCGUGGAACAUAUUUCUUCGCACGGUGUACGCGUUCGAGGGGCUCGAGCUGAUGCGUGGCAAGUACACGUUCAAUCGUCGUCCAAGCUCCAAAAUUAGACCUUGGACCUGGUACGACGUACAUACCUUCAAUCAAGGAUUGGAGCUAUUGCUCUCCUUUGCAGAAGAAGCAUCCUGCAAUCAGCUCUGCCAGUACGAUCUGGUUGAUGCCACUCGCCAAUGCCUGCAGCAUACAGCGGACGCUCUCUAUCUUACACUGAUGGAUAGCUUCAAAAAGCGCGAUCUUACCAGUUUCCGACUCCAUUCAUCACUGUUCCUUCAGCUGCUAUCCGAUCUGGACGUGCUGCUACGUACCAACGAACACUUCCUGCUCGGGCCGUGGCUCGAAUCGGCCAAAGCGCACGCUGCGACGACCCUCGAGCGCCGCAAGUACGAAUACAACGCACGCAUUCAGAUCACACUCUGGGGCCCGCAAGGCCAGAUUGUCGAUUACGCCAACAAGCAGUGGGCGGGCAUGGUGCAGGACUUUUUCCUACCCCGAUGGCGUGUGUUUCUAGGCGAGCUGGACCAGGCUCUCGCAACGAACGGGACGAUAAACGAUCUUAAAAUACGGGAUAAAAUAUUCCGCACCGUUGAGCUGCCUUUUGUGUCGGACAGCAAGCACUACGCAACGCAACCGUCCGGGGACACCGUACGCACGGCGCGAACCCUUUACGAAAGGUGGACCAACGAUGUGCCACCGUUGAAGCCACUGCCUGACAGCCCUGGUGCGAGACGGAAACCAGAGAAGCGGCGCAAUAAAUGGUACAACUAAACCGGUUACAAACGGUGACUUGUCAUCAUGAACUAAAGCGCACGAACGCUCCCGCACUGGGAGUGGAAUACA